CCUUGAAAGCUCUAAUCCAACCUUUGGUUAAAUAAAUCGUACUUUUUCUUGGAGCAAAGUCCAAACCAGUGAAAACUACGCACCACCGCCACAGUCACGUGCCAUCAUGCGGUGGCCGGCGGCGAGGCCCGGGGGGCUUGGCAUCGCUGCCAUAUCGUACGUGGCCAUCGACUACCUCCGCCACCUAUCUCCGACAUGGCACGAGCGUCUGCAGCCAGUCCUCUGGUCUGUACUCGCUCUCAUAGCCAUCAGUCGAGUUCCAUUCUACAAACACUGGUCCUCAGAGUUCCGCUCGGUCUUGCCAUUUUUGGGUUCCAUUAUCUUCAUGCUCUCAACUCUUCUCUUUGAAGCUCUCUCUGUUCGCUUCGUCACUGCCGUGCUCGGCCUUGAUUGGCACAGUGAUGCAGCUCCUCUUCCUGACACUGGUCAAUGGUUUCUCCUCGCUGUGAAUGAGAAACUACCAGAUACAUUAGUUGAAAUACUGAGAGCCCGUAUAAUUGGACUGCACCACUACCUCAUGUUGUUUAUAAUGUUGGCAUUCUCUGUUCUAUUUGACUCGGUAAAAGCUCCUGGCCUUGGACUCGGUGCAAGAUACAUAUUCACUAUGGCUAUUGGCCGUUUUCUUCGUGCCAUUACUUUUGUAUCAACAAUUCUUCCAUCAGCCAGGCCUUGGUGUGCUAAUGCUCGAUUCAGAGUCCCUGCGUAUCCUCAUCACUGGGCUCAAAAGUACUACGUCCCCUAUGCAACAGAUUCUAAUGCUAUACGCCAAUUACUACGAGAGGAUAUAGCUUAUGCUGAUCCUGAACAGUAUCUUGGCGACUAUCGCCCAGAUUGGGGUUCGAUGAGUUUCUUAAUAGAUUUUCUAAGGCCAACUGCAUCAGAAGGAUCUUCCUGGUACCAUUUGCUGAAAAAAGCUGGUGGGGGCUGUAAUGAUCUUAUAUACAGUGGCCACAUGCUGGUUGCUGUACUCACGGCUAUGGCUUGGACGGAAGCUUAUGGGGGCUUUACCUCAGCUCUCAUAUGGCUGCUCGUGCUUCACAGUGCACAGAGAGAAGUACGUGAACGCCAUCAUUAUAGUGUUGACUGUAUUGUUGCCAUCUAUGUUGGAAUCCUCCUCUGGAAGAUGACAGGCUUCAUCUGGCCGACAAAGAACACAGUGAGAGAAAGGAAGCUCGCAAUGCUCGAGAAGAUUCAAAAUCGACUAACCCAAGCGGCUAAGGACUCUGAUAUCGAGGGAGUGAGAGAACUUCUCAAGGAGGUUGAGCAGGGUAGUCAAGAGAGCCAAAGCAGAGGACCGAGCAAAGGAAUGUGGUUGUUUGCUGGUGCCACCAUUUUCUCGACGCUCACUAUUGUUCUAUUGGCCUUCACAUGGACAAGCGAUGGAUAAACUAAUAUUCCUUCCACGUCAUAGAAGGUAGUAAAGCAAUUCCAUUUGCAUGUACUAUUCUUCAUCAUUUAACUUAGUUCAUGAAAAGUUUGAGUGUAGAUUCUUGCGGGUACUUUCUUAGGAGAUUUUUACACGAUUGCCUUAUUCUCUGUUGAGGGCAAAAGAGGUAUCUUAGUAACUAGGUUCAGUAGCUUCAGCUAAUUAACAAUUUGGCGAUUUAAAACUUGGAUGUGGGAAAAAUCUUGGUUGUUGUUUGAAAUUCCGUAUUUUAAUAUUACAAGUGAUUUAAAACAAAUAAUUUAAUUAAAUGCGGAAUACUGAUUAAAUUGUUUAGAUA